AUGAGGAUCCUGAAGACCAGUAAUACCUCUGGAUCUGUGAGUGAGUUCAUCCUCCUGGGCUUCCCCUGCCGCAGAGAGAUCCAGAGGCUUCUCUUUGUGCUCUUCUCCCUCAUCUACCUCCUGACCCUCACGGGGAACUUGUCCAUCAUCUGUGCUAUGUGGUCAAGCAGGAAACUCCACAAGCCCAUGUACAUCCUCCUGGCCAACUUCUCCUUCCUGGAGAUCUGCUAUGUCAGUUCUGAUGUGCCCAAAUUGUUGGCCACCAUCAUCUCCCAGACCAAGAGCAUCUCCUAUGCUGGCUGCCUGCUCCAGUUCUACUUCUUCUUCUCCAUGUGUGCUGCUGAAUGUUUAUUUCUGUCAGUGAUAUCUUUUGAUCGAUUUCUUGCUAUUUAUAGACCUUUGCACUAUCCCACCGUAAUGACCCAUGACUUAUGUGCCCAGUUAGUGGUUUUCUGCUGGGCAGGUGGCUUUCUCUGGUUACUGACCCCUUUGACCCUAAUAUCUCAGGUGCCCUUCUGUGGUCCAAACACCAUUGACCAUUUUCUCUGUGAUCUGGCACCCUUACUGGCAUUGUCUUGUGCUCCAGUACCUGGAACUACUCUGACCUGUGAUAUUAUUAGCUCUCUCAUUAUCUUCCUCACCUUCCUAUACAUCCUUGACACUUACUUCUGUGUCCUCAGAGUGGUGUUACAGGUACCCUCAGGCUCCGGGAGGCAUAAGGCUUUCUCUACUUGUGCCUCCCACCUUGCUGUGGUGUCUUUGUUCUAUGGCUCAGUCAUGGUGAUGUAUGUUAGCCCAGGUUCCGGAGAUCAUCCCAGGAUGCAGAAAUUUGUGACCUUAUUUUAUGCUUUGGCAACACCAUUCUUUAAUCCCCUGAUCUAUAACUUCCAGAACAAAGAUAUGAAGGAGGCAUUAAAGAAUAUUCCAUAUGUAUUUUUGUGGGAAAUUUCUAAAGGAUUCAAGAGUUGAGUUCAAUAAUUCAUCAUUGAUAUUUAGGAAGAUGAAAGAUCAUGAGACAAAUGAGACCAUGCUGUUUUUCUUCAUUUUAAUCUAUUUUCAUUCAUUAGGAAAGUGGUUUUGAAGA